UGAAUUACCAAAGAACAUUAUUUACUUUCCGAGCUCUAGGAAACAGAUAUCGCUCAAAACCCGACCAUGGUCAAAUAAUUAUAGUAAAUUGCAAAGGCAAUGUUUUUACUCUGUGUGACUCACUGCAAAUAUGUUUAUGGAGAUUCAUAAGAAUUUUGUAGUUUUUUUAAUUUCGUUGGCAUUUUUGAUACGAAGUACGGAUUCGGAAUCGACCAACACAUCUCACUCGACCAACUCAAGUUGGCUUGAAGAUGAAACAAAGGACACUUCCUCUAUUUGUGUCUCAGAACGACCAAUGAUGUCACUGUAUAACGAAACCGGGAAUGGCACGUGCUACUGGUACUCACCGAUGCUAAACAUGACAUGGCGAGAUGCAAAUGACUUUUGUAUCAAACAUACAGCCACCAUGGUGAGAAGUUUAUCCAAAGACGGCAUUGAUAUCCUGUCAAACAUAGAAAACCACAGUAUGACGUUUUGGUUGGGAAUGAAACUUAUAGAGGCGAAGGAAUGGUUAUGGUUGGGUGGAGCCCAAGUUCAUGAUACUGUAUGGGACGUCUCCACUAACCAACCAGAUGGCGAAGGAACUCACAUAUGCGCUGUGUCCAACGGCAGUCUAUGGGAUGAUACAUACUGCAACGAUUUGAACAAUGUCAUGUGUGAAUUUACAGUUGAAAACCGACAGUGUCCAUUUGGUUGGCAUGGUUAUGCUUCCGAUUGUUACUACCCAAGCUUUGGUGUAGCAACGUCGUAUGACGCGGCUGUCGAAGCAUGUGAAGAGAUGUCAGCAAGCCUAGUGAAUAUAAACGACGCUGAUGAAAAUAGUUUCGUCACAGCCAUUUCUUAUAAAGCUACGGGCGACAAGUACUACAUCGGCGUUCGUCUUGUAAGAAGCAAUAACAUUACACAUUAUCAAUGGCAAAACUCGUCAAAGGUCACGUACACCAAGUGGAUAGGCGAGGGGAGCGGUGGUGGAGAUUGCGCGGCUGUUACAGGAGAUGGAUGGGUGAAAGAACCAUGUACAUCGAGCCACAAAUAUAUGUGCAAGAGACGAAAAGCUUAUGAGGAUUCUGCAGACCUUGGCCCUCCUGUGAUAAUUAGGGUUAAGCCAAUAAUCUGGCCAGUAGAAGAAGCGGAAGACGCCGUGAUAUAUAGUAUGCCAUCCCUGUUUGUCGCAUUUCUUAUCCUGAUAAGUGUACCCUUGAUAGACCUGGUCUCCGUGUGUCGAUACUUGGCCUGUGGGGAGCGAAAGGAAGUGAGGUCCAAUAAAGUCUCCUCAUUGAGGAAUCAACGUCAGGGGUGGCAACAUGAUAACGUUGGGACAAACCACACCCUUGAUACAAAGAAGAUACAUAAAGAAACGCCAAGAGAAACAAAGAUUGAAAAGAUAAAAACAUUUUCAAGCAUCGAUACCAUCAGCUCACGGAGUGAUUUAGAGUCGCUUUCUGAAAAAACUGCCUCAGUUACACGAGUUAAUUACAAGAAAAAGAAAUGUUUGCCAAAGACGCAAACAAAGUUAAAAGUAAAACAGAAAAUAUCUUGGGUUGAGGUUUAG